UGCACACAAGGAUUGCUGUUGGCUUCAAGACACGAGCACCUGUGACCAGGACCCACGCACCAACCAGAAUUUCCACACAUGCAGACAGCAGAGGAGCAUCUGCUACUUACACCAGCCCCAGAACUUUGGUCCCAGCAUAAUGAUGAAUGACUUCUCAGACCAACACCUGCUCUCCAGUUUGGCUCAUAGAAAUCCAUAUUCUCAAGGUCUGAAGAUGAUUUUGAUGACAUCAGUAGAUACUGAGUAUGCUCUGGCCAGCUGGCGAAAGAGGCAGGAUAAGUCCUGGCUGUACAUUUACUGUACAAACAUGGCAGUAUUCUUCAGCCCUUCCCCUGAUGGGGGGGCUGAAAUGAACCUUGACGGAGAGCCUCAGAUGAAACUUAAAGAAAUCAUACGGGGACUACAAGCUGAACUACAAGAACACAAACUGAAUUUCCGUGAUCUGGAAGAAAAGUUCAUCUUAUGUCAAACUACCUUGUAUACCCUUGCCAACCAGUUCCAAAAAUAUCGGAGUGGUGCAGAGGAGGAGAGUGGAAAAGAACAGGAAUUACUGGCUCCCAGUCUGAGACAAGCCCCACAGGAGGAGAAAGAAAUCCUGCAGGACGUAUUGAAUGAGGGCUGUAACACUUGCCCCAGUCACUCUGAAUCAUCAGAUAUCCACCAGCCCCCCUGCUUCAGUGCUGAUCUCUUGGAACACCAUGACAAUGAGGACAAUGAUAAAGAAGAGUCACUUUAUUUCAGCUGGCUCAGCAGUCUCAGCAGUGACCUGCAGGAAGAGGAAGAGAAUGACCUCCAGCUGGAUGAAAAACAUUUUCGGUACUCUGGUCAUCCUGAUUCAUGUGACACACAAGAACUUGUCAGAAGCUCUGUGUUCCCAUCACAUGAGCCAAAAGUCAGCUGUACUGUGGAUGGAACCAGUGAGUACUUUUAUCCUAAUUCAGUUGAAUGCAACUUGUCUCCCUGGUAAAUCACAAAUUCUCUGCACUCAACUCCACUAUCUAGGCUGAGACAUAUGCCUGCAGAGCCAGGAGACCC